UGUUUCGCAUGCACGAUUCGUGCAUGGGAUUAUUUUAUUGGUUAUAAAAAUGUUGUAAACUAAAUCAAAAUAUAGUAAAUAUGCCGAAAAAAGCAUUAUUUGACGAAGACUCCGAAGAGGAGGUUACACUUAAGACAGAGAAUGAGUAUGCUAAGAAAUAUGACUCGUGGCGUCAAAAAGAAGAGCUCCACAAAUUGGAGCAGAAAUACGGCCCAAAAGCUUUGAAUUCUGACGCUUCACUGUCUUCAGAUAGCGAGGACGACGAUGAUGAACCUCCUGAAGUAUCUGAAGAAACAGAAACACAAUUCCUAAAAACGCUAGCGUUAUUAAAAACAAAGGACCCUCGGAUCUACGAUCCUAACUUUAAAUUUUUCGAUAAAGAAAAAAAAGAUGAAGGAAAGAAGCCAGAGGUGAAAACUUUAAGUUUUGCUGAGAGCGACGAUGAUGAUGACGAUGAUGGAAAUAUAUUUAAAGUGGAAAAGGCGGCUGAAGUCACUACAACUGAAAAACCUUCUAUAUCAGGACAGACUGAAAAAUUGAAAGAUUUCCUCACAGGUAAGGCUGAGCAUAUCAAUAAUCCUGUAGAAAGGGAUCUAGCUCCUCUCAAAGCACUAUGGUCAGAUCCAAAGCUAAAUGAAGGAGAAGCAUUCCUUAGAGACUAUAUUCUAAAUAAGAAAUAUCUAGAAGAAGGGGAUGCUGGCGAGGCAGGAGACAAGAUUCGUGACGACGCUGACCUGGAGGCUGAUGAGGCCAUUGUGGAGGAGCAAGGCAAGUUUGAGAGAGCAUACAAUUUUCGCUUUGAAGAACCUGAUGAAGAAUACUUGAAAAGAUUUCCUCGUACCAUGAACUACAUCAGACCUAAAGACGACCGCCGCGCCAGAAAGAGAGCUGAAGUCAGAGAGAGAAAGGAAGAGGAGAAAAAGAAGAAGAUGGAUGAAAUUGCAAGAAUGAAGGCUCUCAAGCUAAAGGAAAUUCAAGAGAAAAUUGCAAAAAUUAAAGAAGUAACCGGAAAUCAGGAAUUAGCUUUCAGGGAAGAAGAUAUGGAGAGUGACUUUGAUCCUAAUGAACAUGACAAGAGAAUGAAGGAAAUCUUUGAUGAGGAAUAUUACGGUGAAGUGGACAGUGAGAAACCUGUGUUCCCAGACCUUGAUGAAGAAUUAGAGAUAGAAAAUUGGGAGAAAUAUGAGGACGAGGAAACAGCUGAAAAUGAGCCACAUUGUGAAGAUGACGAGUUCAACAUGGAUGCCGAUUACGAUCCAAAGCAAGCCCGUUUAAACCUAUUAGAAGAAUUACAGUCAAACAUGACCAAGAAACGUAGGAACCGUAAGAAGAAGUCUAAAUUGGCAGAGUUGUUGACGACUGAGAAGCCUAAGUUUGUGCCGACGGUGGCCGACAAGAGUUAUUCUCAGUACAUGGAGGAGUACUACAAGAUGGACUGUGAGGAUGUCAUCGGUGGUGACUUACCCACCAGGUUCAAGUACAGAGAGGUGGUGCCCAAUGACUAUGGGCUCACUAUUGAAGAGAUCUUGCUAGCAGAUGACAAGGAGCUGACUCAGUGGGUGCCGCUAAAGAAGAUCGUGAAACACCAGCCGGCCAACAUGGAGAAGGGAGAAGUCAAGGUCUACCGACAGAAGGCAGCCGAUGAGCGCCUUAAGAAGAAAAUUCUGCCUAGCUUGUUCAAGGAUCUUCCUGAGGAACCAGAAAUAGUUGUUCCUAUUGAAGCAGCUAAGAAGAAGAAGAAGAAGAAAAAGAACAAAAAUAAAGAAGGAAAUACAUCCAAUGACAAUCAAGAAGGAAUAGAACCAAAUGAAUCAAUGACUAGUGAUCCAGAUACUUUACCAACGGAAGCCAACAGAAAGAAGAAAAAACACAAAGGUGUGGAGGAAAAUGUAGAAACUGAAAAUAAUUCUAGUGACAUUGCAAAUGAUAAUGUACUUCCCAAAAAUAAGAAAAACAAAAAUAAAAGCAAUGUAAGCAAUGAAAUUGAAGGCAAUAUUAGCAAUGUAACUGAAGAAAGUGAGAAUAAUUCUAAAAAGAAGAAGAAAAAACAUAAAACAGAACAAAAUAAUACUGAAAAUAAUAUUGAUAGUGUACCAGUGACAUCAGAAACAAAGCAAAAUAAUCAGAACCUAGGCAGUUCUAUAGACAAGAGCAGUAUAAGUGAAAAUCAUUCUAAAAAAUCUAAGAAGAAAAAGAAAAAUAAACCAGUUGCAGAACAAAAUACACAAAAGCAAAAUUUAAAACGAAAAUUAGAUGAUGCUCCAAAUAAUCCAGUGCCGCAGAAAAAGAAGAAAAAGAAAAAUAAACCAGCCAGUGUUAAUAAUUCUGAGAAACAUCAAAAAGGUGUAUUCAAGAAGAAUAAGCAAAGUCAGUCAAAAACAUCAGAUAAUCCGUACAGCAAUUUAUCUGACGAAAGGCUAAAGGCGUAUGGAUUGAACCCUAAGAAAUACAAAGGAUUUAUGAAAUAUAAGAAGUUUUAAGUCUUUUUGUGUGACUUAGUAUGCUAAUAUGUAUGUUAAUUAUGUAAAUAAAUAGUUUUAUUUGUUAUAUUA